UUAAGGUUUAAGUUGUUAUUAUCCUCACUUGUCAGUGCAGGGUGCAGGUCAAAAAAUAGCACUUUGCAGUCAUAAAGCAUUUCAGACAAAAUAAAUAUAUAUCCAACUAUGAAAAACAUUGAGAUUAAGGCAAAGGUAAGCAACAUCGAUGCAGUCGAGGCCAAGGCAGCAGAAUUGAGUGACACAGCAAUGGUUGUCAUCAAACAACACGACACUUUCUAUCACGUUCCUGGGAAUCAAGUCGCUCUUGGCGGGAGACUGAAACUCCGCGAAUUUGAGGAUGGUACAGGAGAAUUGAUUUAUUACGAGAGGCCAGACGUUCAAGGACCAAAAUUGUCAAGCUACUCAAAAGUUGAUUUGGAUGCAAAAAAGUGUAAGGAACUCAAACAAGUUUUAAGUGUAUCUAAUGGUGUCUUAGGAGUAGUUGAAAAAACGAGGCAUCUCUACAUGUCUGGCAAUACUCGUAUUCAUAUUGAUCGAGUAAAGGAUUUGGGACAUUUUAUGGAGUUUGAGGUGGUCUUAGAAAGUGAAAAACAACUUGAAGAAGGUCAAAAAAUAGCUGAAUCUCUUAUCCAAAAAUUUGAAAUCAAAGAAGAUUCACUAUUAUCUGGAGCAUACAUGGAUAUGAUUUUGAAGAUGUAAAGUGUAUUUGUGAUAAAAAAAAAUUGGUGAAUGUGUUUUUAUAGGCCGUCGACACUUAUUUAAAUUAACUUUUACUAUCUUAAUCUUGUAGCCAAAAAUUCCCACCUGUUUGAAUCUCUAGUUAAGAAAAUUCUAUGUUUUACGAAUUAAUCGUAUGAGCAUC